AUGCAAUCCUUGUCACUCAGGCUGGGCAAGAGGCUCUCCGAUGCUUCGAAGCCUCACUGGAGAAUCUCAUCAAACCUCAUCGCCCAUGCAUCAACUACCUCUUCCUCCCCUUCCCCGCCGUCACCUCCGAUCUCCUCCACCACAAACGACACCGCCUCCACUCUCAACAACCUCCUCACCGCUCCAUGGUCCGCCUCUCAAACCCGCGGAUUGACUUUCUCCGGAUCUGAUGUUAGAGUUGGAAAUCUCUUCGAAAAUCGAGGACGCGCUUACGAGGUUCUUAAGCUAUAUAACACUCAUGAAGGAACAGGAAAAGCUGCUAUCAAGGUUCCGCCGAACACCGUAGCUGGUUAUGCCACAGUUGCUACUACCACGGGAGAUGACAUCAUAAGGAAGGAGCGAAACAGUGGAUUGAGGAAUCAAGGCCUAAAGACAAAGAGAGAACAGCUCCUAAAAGUUACUGCAGCUGUUCCUCUCCUCUUAGUAUACCCAAACGCCUAUUCACUGCUCGCGGCAAAUUUCUUCGUAUUCUGGCACAUAAAUGCAGGGAUUGAAGAGAUUUUGGCAGAUUAUGUUCACCAUGAAAUGACCAGGGAAUUUAUCUUCAUUUCUCUCAGGUUGUUCCUGAUAAUAGCAAUUAAGGACGUUUUCUUAAACUUUGUAUUUGUGUGA